GUCAUUGGCUCUUAGCUGCUGCUGGAAGCUGCUUUGGAUGACAAGGCUGUCAAAUAUUUGUUAUAUUUUGUUGCAUUUGUAAGCAUUGCUUUACACAAUGGCAGUUUUACGUAUUGUGGUGUGGUUGCCAAUCUCCUUCUUGUUCUUCUCUUCUAGAAUUCUCACAGCUCCCCAGUUUUCAGUUUAUUUACAGAAAAUUCUGAAGAAUCAGACUGCCCAUGCAUGUGACGGUGAACUUCUCUCAGUGACAUGUCCACACAAAACCAGCAUAAGUGUCCUGUCUGCCUUCUAUGGACGAAAAAUCCCCAGCGACUAUCUGUGUCCUACCAAUGGGGAUGUCAGCACGGAAAGCCGCAACUGCUCGUCAUUGAUAGCUAUCCAGAAAGUGCACGAUGAGUGCCAGGAUCAGCGUUCUUGUCAUCUGCUUGUCAACAGUCGUGUUUUUGGCAGUGACCCUUGUCCGUCCACCAGCAAAUAUCUUAUUGUUUCAUUUAAAUGCAAACCCGAAAACCAUCGGAGCAAGACCGUCUGUGAGAAUGGGAAACUGAGACUGGUUUGCAGGAAUCAGACAGUCCUGGCCAUUUAUUCUGCUACAUUUGGUCAUCUCCAUCAGCCAAAUCCCGAGUGCCCACAAGAUAACGCAUGGCCCGACAUAGACUGUCUUUCCUACACAACUCUCAAGAAAGUCUCUCGGAGGUGUCAUGGCAAACCUAAUUGCUCCCUGACUGCUGAUACUCAGACAUUUGGUGAUCCGUGCUACCCAGGACUGAGAAAACACCUGAGGGUGUCCUAUACGUGUGUACCAAGAAGCCUUCUGGAUGAAGCUGGACGAGAUGCACCAGAUCCCUUUUCUAUUUCCAAUUACAACCAUGGUGGCUGGUACACUGGUCCUGGAGUAAUCAGGCCUCAGCAGAACUGGGUGAUAUUUACCAGCACUUUGGCCAGCAUUAACCGAGUGUGGGGCCUCCCAGAAGCAGUGGCAUUGUACUUUGUUUCUGGGAUUUGUGCUGGCCUUGUCUUCCUUUUCUGUAUAUUUGGACUGAAGGCGACUCUGGUUCAAGAUGUAAAGAAUCUUUGCUCUGAUCUGAAUGGAAAGGUAAAAACAGUGAAUGAAGAGGAGCCCAAGCAAGAAGAAACAGAUGACUCUGAUGAUGAUGAUACAUCUUCUGAGUCAUCCUUCCGUCGACUGGCCCGGUCAUACCAUACUGCAGAAAAUGUCUUCAGCCCAGAGAUGACAGCAGAGAUAAUUGAGAGAGCUGAAGAAAAGAUUGAGAAUGAGAUUUGGGUGCAUAGAAAUUCUAGCCCUUAUGCCAUUCAUAAGAUCAGAAUAGCCACACAAUAACAGAGUGCUUAUAAAUGUUUCAGAAAAAAGAAAAUGAAAAUAGAAACUUUGUUUUUUGUACAUACUUAAUUUAGAAUAUGUUAAGAAAUAAGUUAUUGCAAUUGAUAAGUAGUAUCUAAGAACGUUAAUAUCUAACAUAAAAGUUAAUUCAAUUAAAUUACAGGUUCAAGUUAGAUAUAACAAUAUGAUAUUUAUUUUCAUCUUCGGUUUGUCCAGUGAAUCUCUCUUGUUACAUAAACAGUUUAAAGCCAAAUACUGCUACAUAGUUUAGUUUUUCCAUAUUCAACUGAUUUCCAUGCUGUGAUCAUUUUUAAUAACUCUAUAUAACAGAACAUCUAUUUUCAAACAUAAUAAGUGCUUGACAGAACCACCAUCACCAUGUUCAUUCAUAGUUGCUCAUCUUCUAUACAUCUCACCUAACUCACAAAUUCUCCUUCCAAACCCCUGUUCAUAUCACCUGAAACAAACCCAAGUUUAGGUGAAUUGCAACAUUAAGUAUGGUAAAGAGUUCUGAAACUGUUAGAAUUAUUUUUUUGUUUUGGUUUUGAUCUUUUUUCCUGGGAACAGUUUUACUUUACUUAGUUUAAUGUAAUCUGAAAAAUUACAAAAUAAAUUCAGAUCAUCCGUAAAUAACUAUC